GCGGGCGCAGCCGCGCCAGCCGGGAGCGCUCGCUGCAGCCCAGCGGCACGUUCGACCCCACCCUGCCCCGCCCGCAGCCCUCGCCAGGCCCAGCCGCCGCGCCCCCGAGCCCUGCGCAGCGCGCCCGUCAGCCCAUUCAAAAUGAAUACCGAUCAAGUGGCACUGGUGGGCCAAGUAUUUGAGUCCUAUGUUUCGGAGUACCAUAAGAGCGACAUCAUUCUCAUUUUGAAGGAAGACGACGAGGAUGCUCACUACCCAGUGGUGGUUAAUGCCAUGACCCUUUUUGAAACCAACAUGGAAGUAGGGGAGUACUUCACCGUGUUCCCCAAUGAAGUACUGACUGUGUUCGAUAGUGCCCUGCGAAGGUCAGCCCUGACAGUUUUCCAGUCCCUGUCUCAGCACGAGGCUGUUUCCAUGAAGCACAAUCUUCAUGUCAGGAUAUCAGGUUUGCCAGUCUGUCCGGAGCUGGUGAGGGAGCACAUUCCUAAGACCAAGGACGUGGGACACUUUUUAUCUGUCACUGGGACAGUGAUUCGCACGAGUCUGGUGAAGGUGCUGGAAUUUGAACGGGAUUAUAUGUGCAACAAGUGCAAGCACACAUUCGUGGUCAAGGCUGAUUUUGAGCAGUAUUAUACCUUCUGCCGGCCGUCCUCGUGCCCCAGCUUGGAGAGCUGUGAUUCCUCGAAAUUCACUUGCCUCUCAGACUUGUCUUCAAAUCCAGCCAGAUGUAGAGAUUACCAGGAAAUCAAAAUUCAAGAACAGGUUCAAAAGCUGUCUGUUGGAAGUAUCCCACGAUCUAUGAAGAUCAUCCUAGAAGACGACUUAGUAGACAGCUGCAAAUCUGGGGAUGACCUCACUGUCUAUGGGGUUGUGAUGCAACGCUGGAAGCUCUUUCAGCAAGAUGUGCGCUGUGAGGUGGAGAUAGUCCUGAAAGCCAACUAUGUGCAAAUAAAUAACGAGCAGUCCUCCGGGAUCGUUGUGGAUGAGGAAGUCCGGAAGAAGUUUGAGGACUUUUGGGAGUACUACAGAAGCGAUCCCUUUGCAGGAAGGAAUGAGAUACUGGCCAGCCUGUGUCCGCAGGUGUUCGGGAUGUAUCUGGUGAAGCUUGCUGUGGCCAUGGUGCUGGCUGGUGGGAUUCAGAGGACUGAUGCUACAGGAACAAGGGUCAGAGGUGAAUCUCAUCUUCUGUUGGUUGGAGAUCCUGGCACUGGGAAAUCCCAGUUCCUCAAAUAUGCAGCCAAGAUUACACCAAGAUCCGUGCUGACUACAGGAAUUGGAUCUACCAGUGCAGGUCUGACGGUGACUGCUGUGAAAGACUCAGGCGAGUGGAAUCUGGAAGCUGGGGCGUUGGUACUCGCAGACGGAGGCCUUUGCUGUAUAGAUGAAUUCAACAGCCUCAAAGAGCAUGACAGAACCAGCAUCCAUGAGGCGAUGGAGCAGCAGACAAUCAGUGUUGCUAAGGCUGGGAGUUCAGUGUACCCCCAGUCCCCAGUGCAUAGCUGUCAUCUUCCUGAUAUUGGGAACCAUUCAACCCAUCUGGCUCAGUGUUCAUCUUUCAUACCAUUUAUUCAGUGUUAUUCUACUGUGCAUGGAAAAAAUUAGAUCUACUUGCAACAAUAAUUCAUCUCACUUUGAAUGACGGCUUCCAGAAUUAUUGCCCCUAAUUAGAAGCCUGUUAAUCUUUCUAAUGUAAAGUAUGUAGUAAAUUCCCAAAUGUGAAAGUCUGAUGAAAUGUCUCUAGAGACUUGUAGCAUAACAUGAUGUUAAUUAGCAGCAGAUAGAGUUAAGUGUAAAAAAGAAACAUUUCAUUAUGAAUUGUAUCAAAAUAAAAUGACGAUACAGCGCGCUCUUAAUUUUACCCUUAAGAAAACUUACCUCUUCAUGGUUCCCCAGUUGGAAGACUUCUCUUGUAAACCUGCAAUAUAAAUUUUGGAUAUAUUCGGGUCCCAGUCUCUUGGGGGCAUCCAAUGUCACCAGUUAGCGUGGGUUCCCAACUGCCUCCAUCAACACCGACUUAGCGAGUUGUAACAGGUUCAUAAGGAAUGGGAUGGGAAGGAGGAGAGGGGCCACACAGUCAUUCAGAAGGGGAAGGAACAUGCUAGACUGGCACACUGAGAACUAGUGACUCAGAGUGACUGACAGCAGACCUGACGACAACGAAGGUCGCCAACAGCAGAGAAGCACAGACUGGCAAAGAACAGCCAGGGGCCACCAUCUCCAGUGGCCAAAAGAAGCCCUGAGGUUUGCUCUGUGUGGCAGGCGGGGCGCCAGUACUAAGAGCUGACAGCACCGGCAAUCCCACUCUGGGCCGAAGCUCUGAGUGCCUUCUCCCAGUAUGUGCUUCCUGACACCCUAAGCAGGAGGCCUCAGCUGGUCAGUAACAGCCUGAGAGGAAGUGGACAGACAGUGUUGAUGGUCAUCGGCAAGUGCGAGAACCAGCCCUCGUCUGAGUUCCACAGAGAGGUAGUGGUGGUGGGGUUCCACUAAGUCUAAAACCUUGGUACUAACUUUCAAAGACAUAUUCAUUUCUUUUUUCCCCAAUCCUUGCUACUAAUUUUUGGCUGUUGUUCCAUGGAGGAAAAUCCACUGAAGCUAUCAAUAAAUGCCGUUUAUUUCUAUUUGCUGGGCAAGACAUCAUACCAUAAGCCAAAGCUCGUAUUACUCCUAUGCAUAGAAUUUAAAUUUAGAAGAUUUUAUGUAGCCAAUUGGGACUAAUCUUAAGAAAUCACAGAAUUCUCGAGUAGAAAAAAAAAAAAAACUGGAUGGCAAGAAAACUCAACAAUAACCAACACUAGACCAAAAUUUUCAGUCCCAGCUGUCACAUUAUUCUCAAAAUAAAUUAAGUGUGAAAACACUGCUUCCGGAUCCUCUCUCUGUCACCCAGAUCUUUUUAUUCUUCCUCAUCCUGCCUGGGGUUAGAAGCGUUUCCCCUUGGAAACAGAACCAGUUCUUUCCUGUACUUAGCUCAUAUACCUUAGAAGAGGAAGUUUCUCCUGCUCAUAUCACAGGAGACAAGGGCCAGGGUGGGGUGCCCUGCUCCCCACUGUCAUCCUCCAUCCUUCAUGUGGUUUCUCCUUCCCUGCUGUGCUGAAAGAUGGAGACACACUGAGGACGCCCAGGGAGCCAUCAGGCGGGAUCUGGAGUGAUGUAUGUGUUUCACCCUCAUUCCAUUGCCCUCCUCCAUGAACUGCAAAGGAACGGAAGUGCCAUCUUGCUGUCUUGGGGUGGUGUGGGGGAGGCACAAGGUGUCGUGAGUGUGUGGCAGCCACUGCCCUGGCAGAGGUGGGUUAGAAGCAGCAGUGGAAUGGGGCUGGCAGCUGGAGUCAAGACAGGGUCGCCAUUGUCAGCAGAGCAGCAUGGGCAGCAGGCACACUGCAGGGCUGACUGCUCAAACCAGCCUGACCUGACGUUAUGAUGUUUAUACAACUACUAGUUGUUUGUAGGAAGGUUCAAGCAUGUAGACCCAGUAAAUGGAAAAGUAGCUUUUCCAGAAACCACUGUAUUUCCACUCAGAGUUAAGUCAGAAAGAAUGCAUCAGCAUCUUCAGGUUGUGACUGUAGAAGCCUGUGAAUGUGAAGUUUCAGAUUUUAGAAAUAUAUAUUGAGCUAAAUAACUUUUUUAUUUAUCAUUUAAUUAGUAUAGGUUUACUGAACUUUUCAUAGGUGCCAGACAGUGUGAGGAUAAUAGCAGUAGGUUAGUCCCUCAAAAAGGAUCAAAUUUAGUGGGAAAGAAUAAGGUGAGUAGCUGGAUUCUGAAGUAUCCCAUGGAAUCUUCAGAUGGAGGGGUUGCAAGUCUGAGAUGCUGCAACCCAGGUGACAGGGCAGUGCGGCGGGAAGGGCCUGAGGAAGCAAAGGGCUUGCAGCGCUCAGCCAUGCACUGUCAUCUGGGGUCCAGCUGCCUUAUUUCCGAGUUUGUGGAAAGAAUCCCUGCCCUUCGGUUUCUGUGGUAAUCCAGGAUAAUCUGUAUAGGGCUAACUCCGUGUGCAGUAUUGCUACAAUGUGGUGGUUAAGUUUAUGAAAAUAACUGAAGCACAUAAAGCUCAGAUUGGCCGAGGAAGUGUGUUGCCUUGUACUAGUUCCUGAAUUCUCUCAUUUGGUGGUCAUGACUUCAGCCACUGCUGUGCACAUGGACUCAAGACCAGGGCCAUGUGCACCUGUGUGUGCCUACAUUUAUCUUCUAGCCCAGUGCCGGAGCAGGUCUGCAAGCUCCCCACUGUUAGCUGCCUGGAGGGAGACCCUCAUCACUGUCCCACCCUCCUGCUCUGCUGCAGGGGCCACCUGACUUAUCCUAGUCACUGCUUCCCCACCUACUCUCCGACCUUUCAUUGCCUACAUUUCCAGGGCUGCCUGCAGGCAGCCUGUCCUCCUAAGGAAGUCCCCUGCUUAGACUUAAUUUAUAUUUCCCAAAUUACCUCAGAAAUAAUAUGCCACCUCCCUUUGAUCUUUGCAGGUUUGUCUUCCUGUGUAUGUUCAGAUUAUGGUCCCCAAGUCAUCCCGAUGCCUCCAUGGAAGCAUUGUCCUCUGGUCCACGCCUGGCCAGUGUCUGACAUUGCUCUGUUGAGCAGCCUCAUCCUGUUCUUUAGCGCCCACUGUACCCUGACUGGCCUUCUUGGCUUUCCAGGGCUGACCUUUCCUUUAUACACAGAAAAUGCCCAGAAGUGUCUGUUAAUCAGAGAGCAGAAGAACAGCCAAUUAGAUUCACCUGUCACUGAAAAUAAUUUUUUAGAAUUAUUUCCUAUGUUAGUUAUCUUUUAUUUUACUGCCAGUAUUAUAGAAAUACUCCUUUUUUAUAAAUGCAAGUCAUCUCUGCUGCUUGUGGAUUAACUGUGCAUCUGUAGGGUGAGUAGGAGCCAUGUAUCACACUGUUCUUUGCCAGAUAGGGUUCCCAGUCCUAACAACGGCCUUUACUUUGGCACAUUAUCAGAUGUCUGUCUCUGAAAAAUUUUCCCUCUCACUGAUUUUUUAAAAAAGGGUUUCACUUUUUAAAAGUUGCCUUAUUUUGUUAUUCUCAUUCAGUGAAUGUCUUUUUGUACCAUUUGCUGCAAAGAUUCUCAAAUCCUUCAGCCUCAGGGAGGGAAGUCGCUGCGGAGGCAGCUGGAAACACCAGGCAUGAACAGAUGCAGCACGUGUGUGCAGAGAUCGGGGCCUGCAGCCCUGCGAGACAGACUUCCCACUAACCAAAACCAGACACGUUUGCAUACGUGAGCCUCAGCAGGCUAUCUGAGGACUUGCCUGACAUUGAUUAGUUGAAGUGCUAAAUUACAAGUGCUAAAUUACCUUGUGUCCUGUGAUCCUGCACUGGCCCAUGCAAGACUCCGUGCCUCUCCCCAGGAACUGCCCUUCUGUCCUGCCCCUUCCUGUGUCCUGUCAACCACCCCCAAGGCUGCCCAAACUCCAUGCUAAAUCAGCCGUUAGACUUCUUCCUGAUUUCCUUCCCCCAUGAUUAGAGAAAUCAAGAUAAAAUGAACACACAGAAGCUUUUUGUUCACCCCUCACCAUACCUUAAAAUGCCCCCAUCUGCCACCUUUGAGGAUAUACCUCCCUCAGUUUGGAAAUGUCCACACACCACGAGGUUAUAGGGCAGAAGCUUCUUCCUAAUAUUUCUCUGAUUGCCUGUUCCAGCACAGACAAACGCAGUCCGUCCAUAGUGCUCAGGAACUUCGUGCUUAUGGAACCUGGUGUGUCCUUCCCUGUAACAGGAGCUAGUGGAUUACAAGCUCCGUAAGACCACUGUUCAUAUUUGGCUUAUUAUUCUCUGCCUCGUGGCACUUAGCAAAGGGGUCUGUUAAUUGUAAGAGCAUAAAAGCAUUAACUGACCCCAGCCUCUGUAACCCUGCCUCCUCAGAAGGCUGAGGAAGAGAACUGCAAAUUCAAGACCAGCCUAGGCAAUUUAGCAAGACGCUCUCUGGAAGUACAGAAGUCAGGGGCUGGGAACGUAGAAUACUUGCCUGUCACGUGCCAAGCCCUAGUUUUAUUCCCCAAAAUAUAAAAACGUGUUUACUGAAAAGUUAACAGUUCUCCUCAAGAUAAAUAUUGUAACCGCAAUAUUAUAUAUUGUAAUCCCUUUUCUUAUUCACCUUGCAAUCUGGAAAGUUAUUUUUGUAAUUUCGUUGAUACGUUAUUGGAAUCCCAGUGAAUUAAUUCCAGUCUACUACCUCCAGUGCAACCCACGGUGAGAAGAAAGACAUUAAGACAUAUUUAUAGCUAUGGGCAGCAAAGAGGUCCUGAGUCCGUCCUAGGUGAGGACACACAGAACAAAGGCCUUGAUGCAAGGCCUUCCCCAGAAUUUAUUAUCUUGUGGCGAAGGGAGUGGCUCAAGGAUGAGUGACAGGAUGGCAGGAAUUACCUGAGCAAGGGAAGCUGAGCUGGCUGGGCCGAGAGCAAGCGCCUCUGCAAUAUGCAGGGAGAGAGAUAUGCAGGAAGACCAGUCUGCAUGACUCGAUUGGGUAGCAUCUGAAUGUUUUAGGAGGCUGUUGCUUCAGUUUCUGAUAUGUAAACCCCAGUGCCCUGGGAAGUCAUAGCCUCUUACCUUGUAGCUGGAACCCACUUGAUGUUCCUAUAGCUAUGUGUCUCUACCAUCCUACCGUGAGCAACUGUUCUAUAGGGAACACAGUGCAAGCAAGCAGGAAACUGUUGGCUGGCUUCUGAUUACACAUCAGUACCUCCACUGGCCUUAUUUGCAUUGCUUAGAGCCAAUUGAAGGAGAAGAAAAUAGCUUAGCCAGCUCUUAGAGACGGGAUUUGGUUUCAUUAAUGCCAAAGCAAUUGUUCUGCAUUCUAGGGGAGCUGCCCAGAUCAUCUCCUACAAUAAGCUAGCUUUAGUAUGCUUUGUUGGUGAAGCUGGUGUUU